CUCCACCUUCCCUUUGUCCUGUUUCUGCAGAAUUCCCCCUGCAAACAAACAAAACCCAAGACCUUUCUCACUAAAUCCCUUAUAAUUAUAAUAUUAUUCAAGGGACAAAGUAAACGAACCCUAGGUGAUUCAAAGAGAAGGGGAGGGAGAGAGUGGAGCUUCACCUUCAAUUUAUUCUAAUGGAGUCUCUCUCACGUCCUUUUCACAGAAGAAAACUGUCAAAUGCCAAUAGUUUCUCCGGUAAGAACGCCUACGACGGAGUCUUUUCCGGCCACCGACCCAAGUUCGACGGAGUUCCGGCUGUUCACGUUGAUGAGUACCGUGAGAUUUUUAGCAGCGGUCAAGCUGCUUCUUCGAUUCCGGUUCUUGAUCUUUCAACUUUACAAGAAUCGUCUGAUGGUUCAAAUUUGGAACUUGGGAGUACGAAGCCAGAUUACAGUAAGAUUUUUGGUGGAUUUCGUGACGAAGACAUCGCUGUUUCUUAUGAAGAGUUGGUUGCUCGAGAUAAAGCUAGGGCUCGAUUGUCAUCAAGCCAAAGCUCUCAAGAUCUUGAUGAUGAUCUAAGUAAUCAAUCUUUUGAUGCAUUGAAGCAAUUUAACAUGUCAUAUAAUAAGAUCAAUCCAAGGAGUAAAGAUGGGUUAGAUGGGAAAACAACAACACAUGUGACACAAUUACAUGUUGUUCCUGGAUUUACUUGUUUUAUAGAUGAAUCGGCUUCUCAACUAAAAAAGGAAACCAAGAAGCAAAAAUCAUCUGUAUCAAAUAAAGUUCAUUCACCUGAGAAACAAACUUCACAAACUGCUGUUGAAUCUAAAAGUGAAUAUCAUCAAGACGAAUCAUUAUCUGAUGAUAAAAAGAUUGAUCUCAAAUCACAUUCCUUCAAACUUUCAUCACCAAAGAUGGAAAUUGAGAAGCAAAAAGCAUCUAUAGUGAAUAAAGUUCAUUCUCUUGAGAAAAAAACUGCUGUUGAAUCUAAAGGUAAAGAUCUUCAAGAUGAUAAAAAAGAUAACUCUAAAGUAUCAUCAUUGCCUAUAGCUUCAGCAUUCAAUACUAAAGCAGCUUCACAAACAAAGAUGGAAACUGAGAAGAAAAAAUCAUCUGAAACAGAUAAUAAUGUUCAUCCGAUAAAUUUCAUCAAGGGAGAUUUUCCUGAGAAAAAAGCUGUUGAAUCUAAAAGUAGAAAUCAUCAAGAUGAAUCCUUAUCUGAUGAUAAAAAGACUGAUCUCAAAUCACAAUCAUCACCAAAGAAGGAAAUUGAGAAGCAAAAAGCAUCUAUACCAAAUGAAGUUCAUUCUCUUGAGAAGCAAACUUCAGAAACUAUCAUUGAAUCUAAAGGAAAAGAUCAUCAAGAUGAUAAAAAGGUCAAUCUCAAAUCACAUAAUUCCAAAGUAUCACCAUCACUUACAGCUUCUGCAACAAAUGGUGAACCAUUACUUCAAUCAAAGAAGGAAACUGAUAAGAAAAUAUCAUCUGAAACAGAUGAUGAUUUUCUUAAGAAACAAACUUCACAAAGUGCUGUUGAAUCCUUAUCUGAUGAUCGAUUUUCUAAGAAAUUUGAGGCUGAUAUCAACUUACAUUCAUCAUCAUCAUCACCACCUGCAACUUCAGCAACUAAUGUGAAUACCUGGACAUGGAAAAGUGAUACUCCUGGAGCAUUUUCUUCUACUUGUUUUGAUGAAGAACUUGAUGUCAAUUCUGUUGCUGGUGCUUCUGCAGCUGCUUUAAGAAAAGCUAUAGAAAAGGCUCAAGAAAGUAUACGUAUUGCAAAGGAAGCAGUGGGUAGAAAGAAAGAAGGUCUUAAAAGCUUUUCAAGCAAAAGUUUCAAAGAUAGCUUGAAAGUUAAAGCUGCUAGAGUGGAAAAUGUAAGCACAGGUGAAGAACAGAAAGAAAAAGACAAUUGGAUUAAAGAAAUCUUUAAAGCUAGAAUGGCAAAUGUAAGUGCAUCACAAGUUUCUUCAAAUCAUAAGCAUGGAGACACAGUAGUUUUUUCAGAAUCUACAGAUGAUGCCAAGAAGGUUAUAAAUGAAAUACAUGAGAAAAUUUUGGAAACAGAAAAGAACUCUGAGAUACCAAUGAGAUCUUCUCAUGAAUUAAAAGAUGAUAAGAUUGUUUAUGAUUCUAAUGAAAAAGCUGUAGAACAUGCAACAAGGUCUUCUGAAGAGAUUGAAAAUGAAUCUUUGAAGAAAGAUAAUCAGAGACCAAAUGGUUUUUUUGUACUUGAAAAUAUAGAGUCGAAGGAGAAUAAAGAUGAGGUGGGACCCAGUAAUUCUAAUAAGCUUCCUGAAGAAACCAACAACUUAGCUUUGUAUCAGAAGGUGGAAGAAGAAGAGAAGAAAACAUCUCAUGAUUAUGAUGAAAAUGGUUAUGAGAAGAGAUUCAGUGAAGCAUUAGGGCUAUUGGAAAAUACAAAGCAGGAAGUUGUUAAACACAAUGAGGAAGUAGUAAUUGCAGAGAUUCAUGAAUCAAAUAGUGAUGAUGAAGCAAGUGAGAAAGUGGUUGAGGAAGAAAAGGAAGUGAAAGAGGAAAGUGACACUGAAAGCCACAUUGAAGAAGAAGAAGAAGAAGAAGAAGAAGACAAUGGUGAGAAGUUUUAUGAUGUUUGUGAUGUGGAAAUUAUUGAGAAUUCAUCAAGUGAUUAUGAUGAUGCAGAAGAAAGUGAGAGCAUCCAUAGCUUCCAUGGUGUAAAUCGUAUUGAAAUCGAUAAAGAAGAAGCCUGUAAAAUUGACCAAAGUGACAACAAUGUGGAGGAAUCAAGUCAAGAAGUUGAUGAUGUCAGCAAUAGCUCACCACAAGCUACAUUAGAAGACACAGAAGCAAUAAUUACAGAAGAAAAAGAGAUCUUUGAAACCAUUUCUGAUAAACAAACUCAAACUGCCUCCAUAAACAAUGAAGAUGAUGAUGAUGAUGAGGUGUCACAUGACAUGGAAGAAGAAGAACCUGAACUAAAUGAUGAAAAAUCUGAAUCAUGUUCAGAUAGGAUACAUGGUAUGGAGAUAGAGGUUAAAGAAUGUAAAGAAACAGAAGAAACAAUCAAGAAAGAAAAAGAAGAAGAAGAAAACAACCUCCAAGAAGAAUCUGAUUCAGAAAGACCUGAAGUUAUCUUUCAAAUGGAAACAGGAACAUCUGAAGAAGCAAAGGACAUGAAUGAUGAAGCUGAGGCAAGAAAAGAGGUGGAAAAAGAAGAAGAAAAGAAGGUUGAAGAAGUAACAAAUGAAGAAAGGGAAAGAGAGAGAAAUAGAUUAGUAGUAGAAAGGGCAAUUCGGGAAGCUCGUGAGCGUUCUUUUAAUGAAGCUCGUGAAAGGGCUGCUGUUGAAAGAGCUACAGCUGAAGUUAGACAAAGGGCAAUGGCAGAUGUUCAAGAAAAAGCUGCCAUGAAAGCUUCUGAAAUAGCUUCAAAGCUUAAAGCAGAACGUGCUGCAGUUGAGAGAGCUACUGCUGAAGCUAGAAAAAGAGCUUUAGAAAAAGCAAUGUCUCAAAAGAAAGUGUCUGAAUCAAAAACAGAAGUCACUGAUGUUAGAAAAACAUCAUCUGAUUUACACAUUUCAAAUGGAACAAGUGGAGAAUCGGCUCAGAGAAGUAAAGCAAUAUUAGAAAAGCAUAACAGGAUCAAGGAAAAUGUGGCCAAAGCUCUUGCAGAGAAAGAAAAGCGUGAUCAGCUUGCCCAAAAAGAACAAGCUGAAAGAAGCAGAAUAGCUGAUAAUCUUGAUGCUGAUAUCAAAAGAUGGUCAUCUGGGAAAGAAGGAAACUUGCGUGCAUUACUUUCAACUCUGCAAUAUAUUCUUGGACCUGAGAGUGGUUGGCAAUCUGUGUCACUGACAGAAAUCAUAACCACAAGUGCAGUUAAAAAAGCUUACAGAAAGGCCACUCUUUGUGUUCAUCCUGAUAAGCUGCAACAAAGAGGUGCAAGUAUUCAACAAAAGUAUAUAUGUGAAAAAGUUUUCGAUCUUUUAAAGGCGGCUUGGAACAGAUUUAACUCAGAGGAGAGAUAGCAGCAGCCUUUGAAGCAGAAACAGGAACAAUUUCUUUCAGUUAAUUAUGAAUUAAUUUUUGAAGGAUUGUUUCAAUAUUUUGAAAUAUUUUUUUGCAAGUCAUUUACCAGAUCUGGGAAAUAUGUUUUAUAUGACUGGAAGUGUACAUGUACAUACAUUUACUACUUCCCAUUUUGAUGUUUGAAUGUUUGGAUAUGAAUACAUAAUCUUUUCAUGUUA